AUGUUGAACCCUGGAGAUGAAAUCUACUAUUUUCGCUCAAUUUAUAGAGAAAUCUCUAACAGUGACGGUUAUAUUACGAAUAGACUUGUUGUCUCUACGAAUUUCGCAUUUCUCGACAAUGUCUCCCGCGAGUUUUCUCGAAUCACGGAUUGCUGGGGCAACUACAACAGCCUGCAAGUUUAUAAAUAUGCUGAAGGCUCGAUCAUGCUUGUGCAACCUUAUUCGGCACGUAACGGCAUCGAAGCUAAAACCUUAUGCCACGGUCGGAAGACCCAAGCCAGUGUAGACUGCUCUCUCAUCGAUUCCUGGAUCAGCCUAUGUACCAAGACAUACAGUACCUGUUCACUACUUCCGUUCGAGAAUCCAACUGGCCCUUCAAGACUCAUCGACAUCGAAGCACAACAGGUUGUGCGCUUUGGGUCCGAAAACGAUAAUAGGCCCGGGAGUGACGUGUGCUACGCAGCCCUGAGCUACGUAUGGGGGAGUGUUGGCCAACUAGAACUGAAUGCGAAAACCAUGGAAACACUGGAAAAGCCCCAAGGCCUCGCACAAUACGCCCAUGAUAUCCCAAAGACCAUCGAAGAUGCACUGAAACUCUACCGUAAGCUUAGGAUUCCCUACUUAUCCUGGAAAGGAAAAGGAGCAACAGAUAAAACUGCCUUUGGGGAUGACUCCGAAGCCGGUCUUCCCGGCGUCGAGGAUGAUUCACGGCCAGCCCAACGAAUAGAGCGCAUCAACGGCUUAACGCUGGCCUAUACUCCGCAUGAUUUCCGACGGGUCAUGGAAACUUCCCGUUGGGCCAACAGAGGCUGGACCUAUCAAGAAGGUAUACUAUCACGAAGGCUACUUAUCUUCACCCGAGAACAAGUAUAUUUUAGGUGCAACGAAGCGACGUGGAUAGAAGAUACCGUUCUUAAGCCGUUUCCCCCAACUAGCAGUACGGUGGUUCAAAUGCAAACACCGCAGACUGAACAGCCUUUUUGGAAGAAGUCUUUACCUGAGGUAUUUGCGGGUGAAGACACCUUUAAAGAAUAUUCCGAAAUGGUUCAAUGCUACACUAAGCGACAACUCUUAAAGCCAGAGGAUGCUAUUAACGCAUUCUGUGGCAUCGUCGACGUACUCGAUGCUUCGGACAAGGAAGGAUUCUCCUUAGGAUUACCAAACAAAUACUUCAGUAUUGCGCUCUGCUUCUCAUUUUACUGGACCGAUGAACCAAUUUCCCUCCGGCCGAUGUUUCCGACGUGGUACUGGGCUGCUUGGCAAUCUAAGUAUCCGGUCGAAUAUGAUGAAAGCUUACUCCAAGCGGCCGGCGAUACAAGCUCAGACCUUAGUCUCUAUACAUUCUAUUACUACGGCUCGAGGGGCAUCACGCCUAUCAACAAGUCCAAAAAUAGAAGACGGCUUACUAAGGACGAAUCUUGUCGAGUAUACAAAGACCUGAAAGCCCGCAACAUUCUUGAAUGGAAGACGCGUUUCCCUAUUUUCUUCUGCGGCAUGGUGGUAUGGCUGUAUAUUUCAAAUAUCAACGAUGGAUCCUGUGAUGUUAGCUCUGAUGCGAAGGGCUCUGUUCUGGGGACAACCUAUCUCUAUUCAGACUUUCAUUAUAUGAAAGGGCAGGACGUUGAAUUUGUUGUAGUAUGCCAAUACGGCGAAAAAUCACGUCUUAUCGCAAUUAAUACGCAGGAUAGACUUUCAUCAAGGAUAGGGUUAGAUACGAUUGAGCUGGAUUGGUUUAACUUACGAGUAGACUAUCGUGUCGUAAUUUUAGUCUAA